GCUGUCAUGUGAGUGAGCGAUGAGCGAUUAGCUUCCAAAUCGACAAGAUCCAGCUCAGCUGAAUCAAUUUUACAAAUUCUCGUUGUAUCCACGGGUAAUCUUUAAUUUAAAACUGUGCAUCUAACUGAACUAGUGAAAUUUUACGGGAUGUCACAGAAGAAUCAAUCCGACACCUCCGACUGGGUGCGUGAGAGUACUCUACCCUGGUACCACCGCGCUAUCAUCAAGAUUCUGCAAGCCGGACCCAUCCCACAGCAUGUCGCGUUCAUCAUGGACGGAAACCGUCGUUUUGCACGGAAGGAAAACAUUGCCAAAGCAGAAGGUCACUCGAAGGGAUUCAACAAACUUUCUGAAACGCUGCAGUGGUGUCUCGAUAUUGGCAUCCGAGAGAUCACAGUUUAUGCAUUCAGUAUAGAGAAUUUCAAGCGCAGCCAGGAAGAGGUAGAUACUUUGAUGAGUUUAGCUAGAGAAAAGUUCAACAGGCUGGCCCAAGAGCGGGACAAACUGCAGCAACGCGGGAUCCGCAUACGAGUGCUUGGGAAUUUGAAGCUUCUACCAGUUGAUAUCCAGCAGGCCGCCAACGAUGCAGUUCUGUCGACCGAGAAAAACGAUAAGGCCUUCCUGAACGUGGCAUUCGCUUACACUUCGCGAGAUGAGAUGGCCAAUUCCAUCCGAAUCGUUGCGGAAGGUGUCAGGGAAGGGAAAUUGCUGGAAGACGAUAUCGAUGCGAAAUUGCUCGGCAGUUGCAUGUACAGUAAAGACUGCUCCGAACCGGAUCUGCUGGUACGAACCUCUGGCGAAGUUCGGCUUAGCGAUUUCCUGCUGUGGCAAUCUAGUUCCACGGUUAUCUACUUCACCAAGACGCUGUGGCCAGAUUUUAGCAUCUGGCAUCUGUUCGGGGCGGUAUUCUACUACCAGCGGUGUCACUGGCAGGCGGAUACGAUAAGAAAGGUGCUGUUAGAGCGAAUUGAGCAGCACGGCGGUGGCAACGACGAUUGUCAAAAACAAUCUCGAGUGAAGGAGUUUUUGUUGGGAUUGGAUCGGUUGUAUCGGACGGAGAUGGAAAGAAGUACACGAGGGAAAGCUUUGCAAUAGCAUGAACAAGUCAAUUAUGGUUCGUUUAGCCUCCUUUGCCAGACGAAAGGUUUAUCCACUAGGCUUUUGCUUAAUUAUAAUUUAUUAUAAUGUAAACCUGUGGGCUAUAUUUGUAGACAGUUUGCCUGGUCAAGAUUAAUUAGUAAAUUACACAUUCAUAAGUAUCUAUUAAAUAGGUCCAUUUAUUGUUUACGGACGAAUGUGUGCAUACAAGAACGCAUCGUAAAUGUGUAUUUGAUUCAACAUUGUUAAACUUUAGUAAGUCAUAAUAAAUAAAGUCAUCAGCAGACAGUGGCCGAGAUAACUUCGGAUUUUAGUCAUUUGCUACAUAAUGCACCAAUUCGACAUAUAUCUGGACUCUAGACUCAGGAGCAACUCAUCAGAAUUUAAUGAAAUUUGACGACAAGCGGAUUUGUCAAAUGCAUGUGGUCCGAUCGAACACGACUUCUAUUUGGCGCUUUGAGCGAAAUUAAAAUUUUAGCAGACCCUGCCCUGGUGCGGCGAUUUAGAGGGUAUAGCACUGGUCUCCUAAGCCAGCCGUUUGUCAAAUAAUCGAGCCCCUAUCGGGAAAGAGUCUCAGUGGGAUCGUAGCUCUAGCCACGUAACGUUCUGCAAACUAAGAAUCGGUUGCGAAGUCUGUUAAAUCAGAAUUCCUCUAAGGGAUUGUGCUGCCAAGGCUUUGUGAUAGAAAGA